AUGGUGUCGAUGCCGUUCGGGUCUCCGCUCGUGUCGCCACUGCGUGACGGGCCGGCGGGCGCUGCCUCCCCUGUCCGCCCGGGCCUGGAGGAGCUCUCAGCACAUUCGCCACCGAUGGUUGUUGCGGGGGGCGAGGCCGCCGACGGCGAUUCGCCGGCCCGGGUGCUGCGCCAUCGCCAGCAGCAGCGCCGUCGCGAGGAGGCCCACUCGCCAACGACGAGCUCCCCGCCCUCCCGGGAGCGUUCGCCCACGUCGUCAUCGUCGUCCUCGGCGGGCGAGGCACACAAACGGAAGCGGGAGGCCCCUUCCUCCCACGACCGGCCCAGACGCGCCAGCGACGCGGCGGCGGCGGCUUCGUCGUCGUCGUCGUCAGCCAGGGCAGCAGCAGCAGCGGCGGCGGCGGCAGGAGGAGGAGGAGGAGGCGAGCAGCAGCACAAGGGGCGGGGCAAAGAGCCGGAGCCCAAGCGCGUCAAGCGGGAAGCGGGAAGCGAGGAGCUCCUGCGCGACAGAGAGGCCAAGGAGCCCCGCGACAGCAGGGAACGGACUUCGCCCCGCGAGAGCAAGGAGCGUCGCGACCCCGACCCACGCCCCGACCUGCGGGAGCGGAGGGAGCAGCAGCAGCGACACAAGGAGCGAGAACGUGCGCGAGGGAGCGAGAGGAGCGCCCCGCCCAAGGACGAACCCCUCCCCAAGGAGCGCACCACACGACCCGCCGCCGCCGCCAAGACGACGACACCCAAGCCAUCCGCCAAACCGCAGCUGCCCUUCUCCAAAGAAGGUGGCAGCGCGGGGCCACAAGCGGCAGGCAAGCCGGACCAGGCGGUGGGGCCUCCCGCUGCUGGCGAGGCGCAUUCCUCCAACGGCCUAAAGUCGGAGGCCAACACGCUGAAGCGUGCGGCCGACAAGGCCAUGAAAACGGACGGAGCGCAUGAGGCUCUCGGCCUGUACAUAGAAGCUGGCCUCAAAUACCUGCAGUGCUGCCACCAACUCGAGCAAGAGGCCACCGAGCACAACUCCCCGCUGAAGAACGCCGCCCACAUGUACAAACGCACCGCCAAAUUCUUCGACGACAUCCUCAAAAUCGCCACCCACGACAAGGAUAAGCUGCGGGCCUCCGUGUGCCAUCGCUGCGUGGGCGUGGCUCUCGCUCGCGCAUUCUGCCUGAAGAAGGACAGCAUGCGCCAUGCGCAGAAGGAUCUGCAAGCACAGCUGAAGCGGGUGCCGGUGUUGUCCCUCCCGACAACGCCUGACGCUUCUUGUGGAUCACCGCAGCUCACGGAUUCUUCUCCUCCGGCGAGCGUGAGCAAAGCACGCCCGGGCGCUGCAGCCGCCGAUACGUUGAGUUCCACUUUUCGUCAGCAUGCCCUCUCGUUCUUCGAGGAGAUGGACGACAUGUUCAAGGCGUUGGACGCCUGGCAAAAGGCAGAGACCGCGAGGACUGAAGCUGAGCGAAGCGGUUCGGCGAUGGCGGCGGUGGUGUUCCCCGUGACGCUCGAUUCCUUCCUGCUGCAGAGCCUGGCCCAAGCGCCGACGAGCCAAGUGGUGGACUACGUGCAUCAGGCCAUCAACCAGCCUGCCCACCGCAGGUAG